GUGCAUCCCCUCCGGGCUGAUAAGUCGUGCUGACCUCAACCCUUGAUCAUAACCCCCAUCUCGCGCACAUCGACAACGCACUGCGCACACCCUAUAUCUAACGCCACGCACGCUGGACGCGCGUCCCCUCCCUGGACCCGUCCAUCCAUGAACACUCCCUCAGUGAACACCACUACCUCUCGCAGGCUGCAGAAGCCUCGGCGGCAUGCGUCGACGUCAACAAGGAACGGGGCACCGCCGAUGUCAUCGCGCACAGGCUCUGCCUCGACGUCCGCACGUUAUCCGCCCUCAAACCGACACUCGCGCGUGCACACUAGCGGCUCGCACUGGCUCUUCCGCUCUAACCUUCGGCACAGACGCUCCUUCCGUCCAUCUGACUUCCAGCGGCGAUCGUUCUUCGGGCUUAGCGAAAUCCUAGGCGUGGUCGCGAAUCCCGCAGAAACCCUUCGCUCCCUCGCUGAGUCCCGCAAGCUCCUCUCGGAUGCAAAGCAAGAGCUGGCCGAGACGCGCGAGCGUCAGCAGCUGCGACCGAAGCACACCUUCUCUCCACUCGCCGGCUUCUUCCCACGCAAGAAGGAGCUGCGCGCGAUCGAGCGCACGUUGGGUGGAGAGCCGGCGUUCACGGUGCUCUUUGGGUCGAGUUCGGUGGGGAAGACGGCCCUCCUACGUCAGGUCCUAACCGAGGAGAAGUUCAAUGUCCUGCACUUCGACCUUCGCAUCGCGGGUUUCGCGGACCUUUCAAGUCUAUACAUCAGCCUCAGCGAGCAGAUGGAGCAGUACUUCCUGAACAUCUCUACGGAUAUGGAAGGCUACGAGGAGUUUGAGAAGGAGUCCUGGGCGUUCAAGCACGACCGUGCGGACGUCCAGAAGAGGAUCAAUGACGCGCCCAAUGAGCUCUCCGUCCACCAAAUCCGUACUAGCGAUAUCGCGCGUCUCAUGGAGCUGUUCCAGAGCUCGUUGCUCAAAUACUGGCAAUUCGAACCUGAGAAGCACAAGAAGGAGAAGCGCGACAAGGGGAAGGGCAAAGCCAGGGAAGAGCCCGACCCGCCUCAGUCCAGUGCCUCCAGCAUACGAUGGGGUCUGCGACGACGUCGUGCGUCCGAGGAUCUUGUUGAAGAGCGCCGAUUACAAGAGGAGCAGCAUCGAGUUAGUACCGAGACGGACCGCCGAAAUGGCGAUGACACGAACCGUACGCUCUCUAGUUCGGAAGGCAAGAAGUCGGAGGCACCGAGGAAGAGAAUGCCGGUCGUAUUUUUCGAUGAAGCACACCGUCUACCUGACUUACUGAGCAACCCCGCGUCCAUUGGCACUGCAUCCGCCAUGCAAUGCCUCCUCGACGCCAUGCUCGUCCUCACCAAGCAAGACCGCCUCUGUCACGUCGUCUUCGCCACCUCCGACGCCUUCUUCCACACCUGGCUUCGCCGCUAUAACGUUCUGCAGCACGCGAAGCUUCUCACCAUCGGUGACUGCACGAAGGCGGAGACGCGCGCGUUCUACAACGACCGGCUGCUCCCGCGCGUGCCGCAGCGGCUGCAGGGGAGCUAUGGGAUGCAAUUCGAGAGGCUGUAUGAUGCGUUUGGCGGACAUCUGACGCACUGGGCGGAUUAUGUGACGGAUUAUGUGAAUGCGGGGGGUGCGCUGGAUAUCAAGCAGAGCUCUCACUUCCUGCAGGCACAUGCACUCCUCAACUUGCUUGUCAUCCAUACUGCACAGCGCGACGGCAAGCUUGGUGAUGAUGAAGGCUCGGAUGGCGAAAUAACUCCUAACCAGAGCGUAGCGACCUUGCUUCCCAACGGUGGUCGCGCCCCGCCACCCUCGGCCGCGCCACAAGCUCGCGCCCACACACCAUCGACGAUGCGCACCCUCGCGCCCGUUCAGCCCGACAACGAGGAGGACAGCGCACACCCGUUCACCGCCCUUCAGCUCUUGCGCGUCAUGAGCCGUCUGCGCCAGGAGCACGCCCUGCCCUACUUCUCCCUCUGCCGCGAGUAUGGCGUCGCCGCCGUCGAUGGCAUGGUCCGCGCGCGCGUGCUCGACAUCCGCUGGACGGACCCCGUCGCGGACGAGGCUGCUCCCGAGCGCACGGGUGUCACGGAGGAGUGGCUCCGCCGGCAGAUGGGCCGCAGCAGCGACACCGCGGUCGCGCCCGACGGCAGCGUACAUGUACAAGACGGUGUGCCAAUGAGCGGGAUUGGAAUGGGCCCGGAGGACGACGACGACGAGUUGCAGCCGCUGAACGAGCUCGAGGCAGAGCUGGCGCCGGUGGUGGGUCCAAAGUGCGUGCCGAUGACACCGAUUAUGCGCUACGCGAUGGCGGAGGUGGUGGCGGAGUACGAGGACACGCAGUCCGUGUCCGACUAUGUGUCGCUUUCGGACGUGGAUGAGUACUGAGAGCAGGCUGGGCCGCUCACCUUGUUGGAUCCGCAUUGGGAUGGACGCUCACUAUCUAUUUAUCUUAUGCAAGGUCAAGGAAGGGAAACUCAUUCUUGUAAAGUAUUGUUGCAGUAUAGAGUAGAUACAUGGUCCGGUUGUCUUCAUAUCCGCCUUUGUUGACUGGCCACAAGAGCUCUGCAGCUGCCACCGGCGACAAGCUGCUUGCCUUAUCGGCCUCGUCGAUCAGAUUUCCGUCUAAAGCCGAUGCA